AUGGGAUUUGCCAUCACGGUGACAUUACCUACGUGCGGAAGUGAGUUCUAUUUACCUAAGAGGAGUUUCAGAGACAAAAGUGCUUUGUCUCUUGCCAUUUGCUUGGAGCUGUGUUCCCUCUGUCAUCUUCUUCAUCCUGCACAGCCUCUGUUACUCAGACAUCAAAGGAGGAUGUCAUGGACAUCAAUCAGGAGUUCUGUUGGUGGGGGCAGAUUCGAUCCACCAUCCAGCUCUUCAAGUAACAAAAGCUCGAGACGUCCAAGACUAAUCAAAGCCAUACAAGAUCUCAGAACUAAGCUUCUGGUGAAAACUCAGGAGAUAAAGAAAGGUCUCCCCAUGAAGCUGUUCUUUCUCUUGGUGGGAUUCUACUCUGCGACUGCGUUCUCUACAUUUAUAGGACAAACAGGAGACUGGGAUGUUCUAUCUGCUGCAUUGGCUGUAAUUGUAGUCGAGUGCAUUGGAGCUUUAAUGUACAGAGCAUCUAUUCCAUUGAUCAACAAGAUGCGGAGGAUAGUCGUCAUGUUUAACUAUUGGAAGACCGGACUCGCCCUCGGACUGUUCCUAGACUCAUUCAAGUUUUAG